UUUUAUUGAACCAGAAAAAAAACAGAAAGAAACAGCGAGUCGGGGGUCUCGCUUCCUUUUCCGUCUCUGAUUCAACAAAUGAAAUGCAUAACUGUCUUACCAGCUUCCUAUCGGUAUCGACCUACCAUGUAAACUAAGGGUUAUAUUUUGUUUAAAGAUAAUAGCUAUGUUGCUUGUGUUAUAGCGUGAGACAGCUAUAAAGCAGAUAUCCUUCUCAAACAGAAGUUCGCAGCAUGUUGGAAUAAUAAACGCGCGGGUAAAGAUUUGAACGUAGUUCCAGUUCCGAUGUGACCAUUGUAGCAAACUAAGACCAAAUAUAUUCUGCUAAAACUAAGCUAGCUUGCUAGGUAACUAGUUGUAGUUUUUGUUUUAUUUAUAGCUAGCUCAACAGCUUACGGGAGAUCAUAUCCAGACGCUUCAGACAAUGCUGGCUACAGGCGCAGCUGCAACCACAGCCCUGGUUCAGGUGGAUCGGGAGAAGAUCUACCAGUGGAUCAACGAGCUGUCUACCCCCGAGACCAGGGAGAAUGCCCUCCUGGAGCUCAGCAAGAAGAGGGAGUCUGUCCCUGACCUUGCACCCAUGCUAUGGCACUCUUGUGGAACCAUUGCUGCCCUCCUGCAGGAAAUUGUGAACAUCUACCCCUCCAUAAACCCACCAACUCUGACAGCCCACCAAUCCAACAGAGUAUGCAAUGCCCUCGCGCUCUUACAGUGUGUCGCCUCCCAUCCAGAGACUCGGUCUGCAUUUUUGGCAGCACACAUUCCUCUCUUCCUCUACCCCUUCCUGCAUACUGUGAGCAAGACACGCCCAUUUGAGUACCUGCGCCUCACCAGCUUAGGGGUCAUAGGUGCUCUGGUCAAAACAGACGAACAGGAGGUGAUCAAUUUCCUGCUCACCACAGAGAUCAUCCCUCUAUGCCUGCGCAUCAUGGAGUCAGGCAGCGAACUCUCCAAAACGGUUGCUACUUUCAUACUCCAAAAAAUUCUGCUGGACGACACCGGGCUGGCGUACAUAUGCCAGACCUAUGAACGCUUCUCUCACGUGGCAAUGAUUCUUGGGAAAAUGGUGCUGCAGCUUUCGAAGGAACCAUCUGCACGUCUGCUGAAACAUGUUGUACGCUGCUACCUUCGCCUCUCUGAUAAUCCAAGAGCGCGAGAAGCACUGCGCCAGUGCCUGCCUGACCAGUUGAAGGAUGCCACAUUCGCCCAGGUGCUAAAGGACGACACCACCACCAAGCGCUGGCUGGCCCAGCUGGUCAAGAACCUGCAGGAGGGCCCGGUGACGGACGGCCGAGGCAUCCCCCUGACCGCACAGUAACCUCAUCAACCCCUUUGACACUACCUGAGGAACAGUACCGUGCUGGCAGAGCCACAGAAGAAAAACAUGAUUAGUACUCAUUUUAAAGUACCCGUGUUAAUAUUUAAGAGUAAAUGUUCUAUAAGAGGUGCCGGUACUCAAAGAGUAGAAAAUAAUAGGCUCCGGUACUCUGUAGUGGUGUGCGCCUGUCCAAUUUAACCACUGUCCAAGACCAGGAGAAGAUGAUGCUGUGUAGAACCAUAAACUCUGUGGCUCACUUGUUGUUGCCGCUCACCUGGCAUUCUCCCUGAGACGUUCUCACAAUGCUUCCUCAAUGCUUAUGGAGGUGUUUGCGUAACAUUUCAACAGGGUUGAACAUUGACGUUAUCAAAAAGGAAAUCAACAUUGGUCUGGUUUUAACCUGGUGUUUCCCACUGUUUUUGUUCUGUCCUGAACCAAAACCACUACAGGCAUUUUCUAAGUGUUUUUUUAAAUAUUUGUAUAUAUGUUUUCUUUUAACCAUCUAGAGCAGGGUUCCCUGAAUUUGGCCCACGGGAGAUUUUAUUUGUCACUCCAAGGUCCCCAGAAACCCCCCAAAAUGUGUAAUUUUAAUGCAUUUUCUUUUUACUGUUGUACAUAAGACUGUAAAAACACCAGUAAAUCAGCUUUAACUGAAUUGGGAAAUCUGUUCCAAAGUAUUCCCAUGUAUAAUAGAGAUACUGUAUGUGAUGGUAUACAAAUGUAAACAAGGUUUUUAAUAAAUAUUAUAUCUGUUUGGGCUUCUUACAGUCAAUUUGCAGUUUACACAUUAUUUCUAAUAAUGUUCUGGCCCCCUGACCAUCCACUCAAGACAAAUCUUGCUUAGGGCCCACAAAAGGUGGCUCUGCAUCAACAGAGAGCUACCUUUUUGCUUCAGAGUUAUAGGAGAUAUACGUUGAACAUAUCUACUGUAACGUAUUCCAAAACAAAGCCCCAAUCUCAGCAAAAACCGCUUACUUUCUUGAAUUGUUGAAGGAAUAACUGUUUGUUCUCUUUUUGGAAAUUGAGAUUUCAAAUGUGAUUUCCGAGUUAUUGUAAAUUAUCUGAGCGCAGGUUAUUGAAGAGAAGAAAGGUUUCCCUUCACUUGUACAUUAGCCUUGAACAGCUUUUAGCCUAUCAUUUCCGCCAUAGGGACCAUUAACAAUACAAGGGAGGGAUUUUCAUUUUGUUUAUUGGGGUAGAUUCCAUUUGUAAAUACACUGGAUCCCUAGAGGAUCUCUGCUAAAAUCUGUAAUGUGCUUUCCUGUCGGGAAAGUGCCCAUAAAUGUUUUUUUUUAUAUCCACCUAUCUGGAACGCUCCAUUUUAUGUUACAAGUGUGCAUUAGGAAAAUGAGAAUGACAUUUUGUAAGAUAUUGAAAAUGUAUUAUGAUUUAAAAAAAAUAGGUGGUAUACUAUGUGAAAUAAAUUGUACUGAUUGCAAAGUAA